CUGUUAACUCGGGCUUUAGGCUUGUGGAAGGUACAUUCCCUAAAAUUUGAAACUAUGGACGAAGAAGAGACGCAGCAUUCUCACCUGCUGUCGAUAUGUGCUGCACUGGGCGGCUAUGAGGAGAAAGAAGUAUUGGGCAAAGAUGGCCAAACCGUGCUCGAGAAGCAAUAUGUCAUGGGCGACGAAGCGCUAGCUUGUUUGCGUGACCUUAAGCGUCUUCUGCGGAAGGAGGACGCCCUCUCGAAGGAAAGGAAUAUAGUCCGUGCCCUUGGCCGCUGGAAGAUACUUCAAACGGAUUUGAUACCGAUUCUUAUGAAUGCACAUGCUGCAAACCAGGACAAGAUUGCCCAGGCAGUUGUGCAGCUUUUUAUCCCAUUGACAUGGCCAGUAGAUUCUACGUCUGCUGAUGCUGCAGAGCUCCUGGAAAUACAACGAGGAUACAAAGAAGUAUUCUUGAAGGAGGGCGUGUUGGCAGCAAUUCUGGAGGAGCUGCUCAAACCGCUUUCUGUAAAUCAUAGAGAUCGAUCGGACAGGGAUAAUGGCCUGAUUGGCUUGAUAUUGACACUGUUCCGUAACUUGCUGGCCAUUAAAGAUGUACAGGCAGCAGUGACGUCAACAACGGAGAAGUACAUGCAGUCUACUCUACAGGAGCACCUAAUCCAAUGCAUGGAAAAAGCGGACAUCAUACAGCUUCUACUUUCAUUUGCGGGGUCGAUGGAUCAACGUGAAUAUGCCGAGUGGAAUCUUAUUUUGAUGGAGGUUUUCUAUUACUUUUUCCUGGAGCGCGAUCCGGAAGCGAUAUUGGCGGAAAGCAAGACUGCGUCGAUCGAACUCGCUAGGCUCUUAGAGGAGGAGGAACGACGUAAACGACGAGAAGCACGAAAACCGGCAUCGCGGCACUCUCGAUUUGGAGGGACGUUGUCUUUUAAACUUAGUGACGGACAAACUUUUACGGUACAUAACCCGGCAUCGGCGUUGAAUUCGGUGGAGGAAGCCCUUGAUAAGGACAAAUCCGAAAAUAGAGGUCAACGAAAAGGGAUGCCGCAGGACGAGUAUCAGAAGCAACGCGGUAUCAGGAGCGCAGAGGCAGCUCGAAUAUACGAGCGGACUGCAAAGGACUUCCUGGAAAACUGUUUCAAUGGUCUCAUGUCGUGCGUUAAGCGAGACUUUGAUAUGGAACGAGAUAAAGUACAGGAUGACCAUUAUGCCCGUUUUUUCUGGCUGUGCUCUUUCUUUCUAAAGUUUCAGCUGUGCGCAUUGCGGCAAAGUCGAAAAUCGGUGCAGGACAUCGGAACGACUCCAACCGAAGGGACGCUUGACUUCGACACUGUCACUGGAUUCUUGAAUAUGCGGGGAUUGCAAUUCGUGUUCAAGCGAAUGAGAAUGUCCCAGGACGAAAAGAGAUGGACAGAGUUAUAUCUUGCAAUGGACUGCCUAAAGCACAUGCUUCUAGUACUGGACGCGAUGUCGGCAUCUACAAACGAGGAGUAUCGUGAAGCAUCCGAGAACAUGCAAAGCAAUAUGUACUACGAACACGCUAGCAUUGAACAGGUUGUAAGCCUGGUCAAGAAUUUUAAGCGGCCAUUGCAUUUGAGCUACCUGAAGACGCUUGUUGAAGUAGUUCAUAUACUCCUUAAAAUGCUGGAAGCGUAUGCCAAGAACAAGGGUAUCAUGUUUACUCGCAAGAAAAAAGGAGGAAAUAGUAAGAAGGCACCUGCGGUUCAAGACUCCACUGAACCCGAUGUGACUCAAGAUUAUGACUCCGGGGAGGAGGAAUCUGUGGCGCCACAAAAAUCUGAUUAUGUGGAGCGCCAGUUCAAAUUUGAGGAUAUUGAGUCGGCGUUUGCUUCCGAAUCAGUUGUCAGCACAUACUGUGCCUUACUGAAACACUACCGCGAGAUUGACGAACGCUCUAUUGAUCAUAUUACACGAAUGUUCCAUCGAAUCUUCGUGAAAAGUAAGGCUGAAGCUUUCUUUUACAAGUUGUCAACAUUAGAGCUCUUCAAUCGCAUACUGACCGACAUCCGAAUGUUGCCAUCGACUAAGUCACACAAAGAAUUGUACGGAUUUAUCAAGUACAUGCUUGCCAAAUUCUUCAAAAAGGCGGCAAAAAACCCUGUAUUACUGGUGGAGGUGCUAUUCCCUAAAACGAAAGCAGAUUGUCAACGAAUCGAAAAUGGUGGCAAGUUACAAACAAGCGAGCAACUUCCGUCUGCUGAUAAAGAUUUGCCAGUGAAGGAGAUCGAGGUGAAGCCGGGGUUAACAUGGAGCCAGGAAGUUCAGGUGGCAGUGGCGCUGCUUUUGGAAAAGGAAGAGACACACCUGUUAGAAUGGGUCAAGGAGAGUCUUCUCGAGGCGGCAACAAUGCGAGUUGGCCGACCCCCCGCGGAUGGUGGGCCAGAACUCCUCUCGAGCGAGGUCAGCGCGGAAUCAUAUGAUAUGAAGGGAAGCGUUCCAGAGAAAAAAGAGGCCUUGAAGAGAAAUACUCGUCUCAGGCUGUUACUCAGACUUCUGAAGCUCGAGGAGGUCGAAGAGUUAUACGACACAUGGUGGCGCAUUCCGUCGAGCAUCCCCACAGCCGAUUUGUUUGCCAAUCGAGAGAUGAUCGUUAACUUCAUGCAAGUAGGGAUGGAAGGUAGCAAACCCGCCUCUGAGAUGGUUCGAAAGAGACGGAAUAAGCGCAAGUCUUCGGGUUCACGACGGCGGCAAGCGAAAGAGCAAGAGCCAAAGAUAUAUAAGUCGGCCGCGUAUAUUGAAGACAGUGACGACACUGAAGGCGAUGAAGAGUUUUUCAGAGCGGAAGCGGAGCGGCGCGUGAAAAUGGCUAAGCUUCAUGGAGCAGCAGUAGCUACGGCUCUGGCAAACCAAAAACCGUCGAGAGCGGCACCUGCCAAAGCAGCCACCACUCAAGAUGACCAGAACAGCUCGUCUCUUAGUGACGGUAGCGAUGCAGAAGUAGAUGAUAGCAGCAGUGAUGAAUCGGAUGAUUCUCGUGAAAGCGAUGAUAACAUUGAGAGACCUUCGGCUGAUACUGACUCAGAAGUGGACCACGGCAGGGAAGAAGCCAAUGAAGCUCUGCGUCGGUUUGGGCAGGACCUGGCAAAUCUCUUCGAGGAUGAUUUCAUGACAGACCGGCGGCACCCUUCUUCGACACAAACGAAAAGGCCGACUGACUCCUUCCUCGCCAAGCCACUCGCAACGGCGACCGGAGUCCAAUCCACCGAACGCAUGAACGAUAGCGACGAGGAGAUGGGAUUUUCAACAAAACCGAAGCGAAGGAGGGUCCUUGAGGACUCUGACUGAGCUGCUUGGAAGGCACCUGUACAUAGUCUAAAAUAUCAUAAUUAUAUUCGUUUAUAUACAGAUCGACCCAAAAUUGUGCUUUUAUGCGAUCAGUAGAUCCUCAAGAAAUCCGCUUCGAUGCACAAUUUCUAUGUAUUUCCGAAUGAACGGGCCAUAAUUGAAUCUUCGUCUCACAUUUUCCGCCUAAAUGUUCCUUAUUAGUGGCUAUAAACGUGUACAAUUCGACUAUUUUAUCACCG